AUGGCAGUUUGGAAUCAUACAGUUGUGAAAGAAUUCCUUCUGGUAGGUUUGACUGAAAAUCCUAAUUUGCAGAUUCUUCUCUUUUUGCUUUUCACCAUUACUUAUUUUAUCACUCUGAUAGGUAAUUGGGGGAUGAUGAUCUUGAUCUGGUUAAAUGUCCGUCUUCAUACUCCAAUGUACUUUUUUCUUAGCAACCUCUCCUUUUGUGAUGUCUGCUUCUCUACUGUCUUUUCUCCUAAGAUGCUCAUCAAUUUCCUAUCAAAACACAAGUCCAUCACUUUUUCUGGCUGUCUUUUACAGAGCUUCUUUUUUGCAGUUUAUGCAACCACAGAAGGGGUCCUCUUGUCUAUGAUGGCAUAUGACCGCUAUGUAGCAAUAGCCAAACCUUUGCUGUAUACCGUCAUUAUGACUCAAAGGGUUUGCAUGCAGAUGGUCCUUGCAUCUUACUCGGGUGGGCUCAUUAACUCAAUGACACACACAGUUGGUCUGCUCAAACUAGACUUCUGUGGUCCUAACAUUGUGAAUCAUUAUUUCUGUGACAUCCCCCCUCUUCUGAAGCUCUCUUGCUCUGAUACACAUAAGAAUGAGAUGCUGCUUUUGAUAUUCACUGGAGUCAUUGCAGUGUUCACUUUCAUUAUCAUCAUGUCCUCUUAUAUCCGCAUCAUCAUUUCCAUCCUGAGAAUUCACUCAGCUGAGGGGAGGCGCAAAGCCUUCUCCACUUGUGCUUCCCACCUGACCGCUGUGACCUUAUUCUAUGGGUCUGGAACCUUUAGCUACAUCCAGCCAAGCUCUCAGUAUUCCCUGGACCAGGAGAAGAUCUCUGCUGUGUUUUAUACUUUGGUGAUCCCCAUGCUAAACCCCCUGAUUUAUAGCCUAAGGAAUAAGGAUGUGAAAGAUGCAGCAAAAAUGUCAACAUGGUGGAAAAGAACUUCAACUUGA